UUCAUCACGAGUCGACUGUAUAAUGGCGAGAACACCAGCUAACUCUCAAUAUAGUUGUGAGGUGUUAGGAUAUGUUAUAUUAUUGUGAUCGAGGGAGAAAAGGACGAAACAAAAUGAGUGCCGGACCUCUUGGAUUGUUGGAUGCCCGGUAUGCGCAUGGAUAUGGCCUCUUGUCAUCAUUGUCCGGAUACGCCGCACAUUUUGGGGGCCCGUUUGCAUCCCUUGGAUUCGGAAAUCCGUACGGAAUUGACUUUGGAUCUCAUCAAGUUGGUCAUGGAGCCUACAUGGAGGGGCUCAUGUCUGCCUCCUCCCCCACCUCCAGAAAUUCCAACACCCACCCUCUGGGGAGUCCCUCUGCAAAAAGUUCCGUGAAAUCCCCAGAUUCUAGCGACGAGGACCGCGAGAGCGCGGCCGCCAAGAGACGUCGGACCCGGACCAAUUUCACGGGGUGGCAGCUGGAGGAGCUGGAACGGGCCUUCCAGGACAGUCACUACCCUGACGUGUUCAUGAGGGAAGCCCUGGCCCUCAGACUCGACCUCGUGGAGUCCAGAGUACAGGUCUGGUUUCAAAACAGAAGAGCCAAAUGGCGAAAGAAGGAAAACACAAAGAAAGGACCGGGGCGCCCCGCCCACAACGCGCACCCACAGACGUGUAGCGGGGAACCUAUGGACCCGGAGGAAAUCAAACGUAGAGAGCAAGAGAAAAUGGAAAAGAAGAAAAGGAAACAAGAAGAGAGACUCCGAAAGCUUGAAGAGAGAAGGAAACAAAUGCAAGACCAGAAGCAAGGCCCGUACAGCCGACUGUCGGACUCCGACACGAGCCCCUCCAAGGCCGACAGCUGUAACAUGUCGGUAUCUAGUUGUAAUGACAAUUCUAACCAUGGUGACCUACCGGACCAACCAGAGGAUGAGGAGGACGCCGUGUCUGACCAGGAAAACAGGAAGUGUUCGUUUAGCAUAGACAGUCUUUUAGAAGCAUCCAAAGUUCCUCGUGGCAGGAGACCCAACUCCAAGUACCCCCGCGUGCAGGCAAGCAAGUCCGUUAAUGCCCUGGGUCUGGGCAUGAUGCCUUUGUUCCCAAUUACACAGCCCGUUGGAUUUAUCGUGGAACAAAGAUCUCAUGCUUCUUUAUCUGAUGAUGAAAUGUCGAUUAAUUCUGACGACGAAUCGCUACAUGAAAAUAACUCGUCAAACGAGGACAGUCACAUUAACGUGGAACAGUUCAGUGACGUCGAGGACGAGGCUCAGAAAUCGCCGGCUCCCUGUCCGAAAUCCCCCGACCCCUGCUCAUAGCACCGACCCCCACAGACAAAGUGUAUUAACUUGUAAUUUCUGUCCAUUUAUCAGACUACAAUACAGAGAGCAAUCUUCUGAUUCAUUCCAUUGAUAAAAUAUCAAUUGUAUCCAUUAUCAUACCAUUUGACUACAUCUCCAGCCUCUUGCUUCCGAAGGGCUAGUGCAAUGCUUUAAACAGUGGCUUUUCGUAUAGAAACAAUGCGUUGCUGUACUAGAAUUAAUAUAUAUACUCAGUUCUCUAUUAUUUUUUGUGAAAUAGCUGAGGAACAUAAUUUAUGUUUAUAUGGUUUUAUGUUAAAAUUAAAACACAGAUUAAAAAAAA